AAUGGGAUUCGAAGAUUAGAUUCCACCAAUUCCAAAUAGAGAUUAAGAAAAGAGAUAUAUAGCCACAGUAGAAAAGUCUUUCUAUGAUCAACCACUCUAUAAAUUUUAUAUGAAUGAAGCUUUAAGAGAAAGAAAAAUGGAUUAUGCUGAUAAAUUAAAUACAUUCAAAUAUGAAUGGAUCCUUAACUUUGCUGCUUCUGGAAUCGUAUUCAGUUUAUUAUAUGUAACAUUUAAUAUUGAUUUAUCAGUUCAUCCCUGUGUCAUAUUUUUAUAGAUAAACAACCACUGGUGUUCCAACAUAUUAUCAGUAUUAUUCUAAAAUUAUAUUUUAGACCAAAGAAUAAAGCUGUAUUCAAAUAAGGAUACUUGUAAAAUCAAAAUUGGAAAAGAUUUAAAUUGUAUUCAUUCCUAGUUUUUGGAUCAGCAUUCAUAUUUGCUCAUACAUAUACCGAUAGAUCAUAAAUUCAUGAUGAAUAUUACAAUAAUGUUGGUGUCAUCAAACCAAAGUUUGAAUGAU